CUUUGAUCAAACUGCGUCACUAUCAUUAAUGUGGAUUGUUGCUCACUACCUCGCUCUUCUGAUAUUGUUUGUCAAUAAAAUGUUUUCUCCUGACAAACCUCUGCUUCGUUAUCUUCAUCACUAACAUGAUAUAUUAAUUCAAUCUCACUUACUAUAAUUGCUUUCACGGCAUGAUCAAAUAGUAGCAAUUGCCUUUGAUGAAGCAGAUCUUCGAAGACGUUAUUGAAAAUUGGAAUGUACCUCAAUGGAUAUUAGGUAUAUUGCUGUCGUUUUGAUCGUAGUAUUCACUGUGACUUCCUCUGAGAAGUACGAUGGUCAUUGUGGCUUUUAUUAUGGAAAAAUAUGUAAGAAAUACAUUGAUGACCAUAAAAUGGUCUAUUACAACACUUCCAUGUACAAUGAAGAAAUUACUGUUGGACUUUGGGAUGAAAUGAUAAUAACGUUCAAAGAACCUUGCCGAAGUGCGGCAGAGGUCUUCAUCUGUGCGUAUGCAUUCCCAGAAUGUGGCAUUUCAAAACCUCUUCCAUUAUGUUACGAAGAUUGUAUUGCUGUAAAGAAACUAUUCUGUUACAAAGAAUGGGCAAUAAUUGAGGAUAAGAAGGAAAAAGGAGUAUUUUUCCAGUCCAGAGGACACUUUAGAUUACCAGACUGCCAAAAAUUGCCAAAAUAUAGAGUUAUGAACGAUACCAAAACUUGUGCUUACACAGGUCUUAUCGAAAUGAAAAAGGAUGAAAUUACUUAUGAUUGUGUAAAAGGAAGGGGUCGUUUUUAUCAAGGGAAAGUGAAUGUUACUGAGAGUGGAGUAUUUUGUCAAAGAUGGGAUUCCCAGGUUCCUCAUUCCCACAUAUCUCCUCCAAAUGUGUUUCCAGAGAUGGAAAACUCUGAAAAUUACUGUAGAAAUGCAGGUGGUGAAGAAGUGAGACCAUGGUGUUAUACUUCACACCAAUUCAAAAGAUGGGAGUAUUGUGAUAUACCACGAUGUCCAAACUCAGCUGCUAUUGAUAAAGAGGAUAUAAGUAUAAUGAUGGAUAACUUGACUCCAACUAAACUUAUCAUUAUUUCUGUUAGUGGAUUAUUGGUUAUACUGGUAAUAAUGCUUUUGGUCCUUCUAUGCCAUCGUAUGCAUAAACGGUUUCUUGGUUAUAACCCUGCUGUGGUCACAGAAGUUAAUAUUGACCUCAAUAAGUUACCUAGCAAUAUGGCUUAUCACAGGCAUGGGACUACACUGAAUCCCAAAUUGGAACGACUAGAAUUUCCACGAAACGAUAUUAUAUACAUAAGGGAUCUGGGUCAAGGUGCAUUUGGGAGAGUAUUCCAAGCUAAAGCACCUGGUUUGGUAUCUGGCGAAGACUUCACAGUGGUAGCAGUGAAAAUGUUGAAGGAUGAUGCCUCAGAAGAUAUGCAAGAUGAUUUUGAAAAAGAAGCUUGUUUACUGGCUGAAUUUGAUCACCCUAAUAUAGUUAAACUUCUUGGAGUAUGUGCUAUGGGAAGACCAAUGUGCUUAUUAUUCGAAUAUAUGGGUAAAGGAGAUCUGAAUGAAUUUUUGAGGCAGUGUUCACCAACUAAGUAUAUGAUGAGAAAUGCUGUAGAUACUGAAUUUGAAAACAGGGAAAUAUUCAAGGACAAUCAGUUGUCACACUUAGAUCUGCUCAACAUUGCUCUUCAGAUAGCAUCUGGCAUGGUAUACCUUUCUGAUAGAAAAUUCGUACAUCGAGAUUUGGCAACAAGAAAUUGUUUGAUAAAUGACAAUAUGGUGGUUAAAAUUGCUGAUUUCGGACUCUCACAAAAAAUUUACUUACAGGAUUACUACAAGGGUAGUGAAAGAGAUGCAAUUCCAGUGCGAUGGAUGCCAUUAGAAAGUAUUUUAUACAAUAAGUACACACCUGAAUCAGAUGUAUGGGCUUUUGGAGUAUGCUUAUGGGAAAUCUUUUCUUUUGCCUUACAGCCCUAUUUCGGAAUGACACAUGAAGAAGUGGUGAAAUUCUUGAAAGCUGGAGAAGUUCUUCUUAGCCCUGAAAACACACCCACUGCUGUUUAUGAUGUUAUGAAACAAUGUUGGGCUCAGAAACCUAACGACAGACCUAGUUUCAGAGCUAUACAUCAGUCUCUGACUGCCAUUCAUACUAGCAUGUUAUCUCAACCAUUAAUGACAUGAGUAAUUUUUGUGAUAUAUAUAAAUAUAUACCAUUUUUUAUGUGACUGAAUGAAAGUAUGGGUGACUAAGUGAAUUGUACUGAUUUUUUUUUUAUAUAUGUGACUGAAUAAACUUUUAAAAUUCA